AUUCUAGAUGGCCAUGCGAAUAUUCAAAAAUGGAUGCGCUUAAGGUCAUAAUCACCGACUAAAAACUUGCACGACCAUUUUUCCGCAUAAACAAGCAAAUCCUUUGUUGAUCUCUUCGUCAUCUCGACCACCUUUCCUUCUCCUAUAAAUUCCCACUGCCAUAACCCACUCUCUCUUCACCAUCAACCCAACCUAGCUAAACAAACUACUGCUUCUUCUUCUUCUUCUCAAUCAUCUUCUAAAGCAAAAAAAAUGGGAGUUACCACAGCAACCCACGAGUUCAAGUCCUCCAUCCCAGCCUCAAGGAUGUACAAGGCCAUCAUCCAAGACUCUCCCACCGUCUUCCCCAAGUUCAUGCCACAAUACAAGAGCGAGAUCGUCCACGGCGAUGGCGGCGUCGGCAGCAUCCUCCAGACUUGCUUCGCCGAUGAAGGGAACCAAGUGAAGGUUGUGAAGCACAGGGUGGAGGCCAAGGACCCGGCCAACUUCUACAGCAAGUACACCUUGAUCGAAGGCGGCGCGUUGAGCGACAACGUGGAGUCUGUGGUGAACGAGGUGAAGAUUGAGCCGGCCGGCGAUGGGUGCGUCGUCAAGGCGAUCAACCAUUACCAUACCAAGGGAGAGGCUGACAAGGCUUUCAUUGAGAGCAUUGGACAGCAAACUCUGGGCGUAUACAAGGCUGUUCAGGACUACCUCUUGGCCAACCCCACCGUCUGCGCUUAAUCGAGUCAUUCUGAUCAACUGGUCAAGUUUCGUGUGGAGUGAUUAAGCAACUACUUAAUCCAUAAUAAACAAAAUAAUAAGAAUAUGGAGGUGUAUACCAUAUGUUGAGGAAGUAGUUGCAAGUGUGGUUGUUUAAUUUUGUGGUCAUAAUUGUGGAGUGUGUGGUUAUUUGUUACUCUAAUCGUAGUGCUUGGUUGUGCUUUUCGUGUAAUAAAGUGUUGGUUUCAUUCGUCUUUCAUGUACUCAAGGUGAAGAGUUUUGAAUGAUCAAUAUAUAAACGGUUUGACUAUAUGGUUUAUCUAGUUAUUCAACUAAAAGGAGAUAAUAUUUUGCAUUAAGAGAACUUUACGUCGGUUUUUAAUCAUAAGUUUCUAUUAACUUGAGAUUGACGUGAUAGCAAUGAGAAAACAAAUAUCUAAAACAUUUAGUGUUCCAUCCUUAACUUAUAUAUAUAGUCGUUGAUAAAAAUUAAUAUGCCUAGAAUUCAUGGCGGACCUAAUUCAAGCGAUUAAAAAUUCCGACAAUAAACUGCCAAACGGAAAAAAAUGCAGUCAAUAUACAAAGUCGGCUUUGAACCAUCGAUUCAUUGGCUAGUUUAAAUUUCAAGUCGUUUAGGUAUAUUUUCCAAGACAAUGCAAAUUAAAUCACUUUCUGGACGACACAAUGAGAAGUUUCUAGGAUAAGAAAAUGUUAAUUUAAAUUGACUAUUAUGACCUCUUAUUUACCGUCCCUGAUUUUCAGAAGGUGAAGUUCUCGUAGCCGAAGGGGAGAGAGGUUGGUUUCGAGAUCUUGGAUCGGGAUACACUUUAGUUUUGGUAUAGAAUUUGAGGAAUUAUAAGAAAUAAUAUGGUAAAAAUGGAUUUGCAUGCUAACCUCAUUAUUAUCAUGCAUGUCACGUAUUUAUCAAUCAAUUACAAGUUAUCUUAAUUCUUAAAUAUAGAUGAGGAGGCAUCUAUGAUAUAUGUCAAGUUUCGGGUGCAUAUAUAGAAUACAUAAUUAUCAUUUAUAAAUGGUGAUGAAAUCAUUUGUAAGAAUUAAAAAAUAGUCCAUUAAUGGUACAAAUGGAUGUUUACAAUUAAGAAAUUAAUUUUAUAUAUUUUAAAAUAUUUACACCACUUGUAAUGCUUAUAUGGUGCAUCAUAGACAUGCUCAUAUAAGCAUGCAUUCUAAUGUAUAUAAUACGCUAUAAAUUUUCACAUAAAUUAAAAUAAAUCUCUAUCUCUCCAACACAAAUCUCUAAUGGUCUUGGAUUUCACCGUCUUAAUCACUUGAUUUGCUAAAAUGGGAAAAGGUCCGUCGAACUUAGAUCAUUAGAUAUUUAAAAUAUUAAUGUUGAAAAUGACCACCAAUCUAGAAUCCUUGGACUAACUCGAAAUCCAAGACCAAUAAUAUAUAUGAGUAUUAAAUAUUUGGACCGACCCGUCUAACUAGAUAUGUUUUUGUGUAUUCGCAUGGCAAAGUAGAAAUGUGAGAUUAAUUACUUGCUUGUACGUAGUUCAAACAGGUCACGUGCAUGUACUUGCAGAAAUUCCACCUUUGCCGCAGACGGAUUGCUUGUUUGAGCAGAUCGGAUAACAAAAAUCGAGGUGUCAAAAUGAGAGACUUGGAUCGUAUAUAAUUGAAUCGACAAAAGUACGUUAUUUAUGAAAAUAAUAAUUUAAUGAGCCACAUUCAACGUGUGGAGCGAUAUAAUCAAUAAAUAAACUAAACACCAAUCAGGUUGACUUUUGAAAUCAUAUAUUUGAACUCAUAUUUACAUAUUAACGGCAUUCAAUUAAAAAAAGAUGGCCCCUGAGAAAGGAAAUUGAGUAUACACAUAUAGCAUUUUACCUAGCCAGGCUAGUAAUUGCCAAUUGGUCCAAACAGCUGUCAGUCAAUAUUGAUGUCACAUUGACCUUUGGAGCUAGUCCAGGAAUUCUAGAUGGUGCUAAAGAUGAUCAAUGUAGUCGUUUUCAACAAAGGGAUGCCGCUCAA